AUGUGGUCGCUGCCGGCGCUGAAGCUGGGCUGCCUCGUCGCCCUCGCGCUGCUGCCGCUGCUCUGCGGCCUCCUCCCGGCCGCGCUCCUCCGCCGCCGCCGGGGCGCCCUGGGGACCGGCUUCUUUUCUCUGCACGGGCGGAGCAUCCUGAGCUGCGCGGCCGGCGGGGUUUUUCUGGCCGCUUGCCUGCUGGACAUCGUGCCUGACUCGCUGGCCGAUCUACGGGACGAGCUGCGCCGACAGAGCCUCUCGCUGGACUUCCCAGUGCCUGAACUUAUCUUAGCUCUAGGCUUUUUGCUGGUGCUGGUGCUGGAGCACGUGGUCUUGGACUGUAGUGAACAGCAUGGAGAUGAAGCUUCUCUUCCACUCCUACCCAGUCCCACUCACCGGCAUGGUGAAGAGGCCAGCCUUGGCGAGCAGCAUGUUGGAGUUGGUACUCCUGAAGCCCACUUCCCCUCAUCCUUCCGCUCCUUGGUGCUGACACUUUCUCUCUCAUUGCACUCAGUUUUUGAGGGCCUUGCUGUGGGCCUGCAAGAUACGGAGGCCAAAGUGCUGCAGCUGGCUGUGGCCAUUUUGCUCCACAAGAGCAUAAUUGCCUUCAGCUUGGCCCUGCUGCUGCUCCAGAGCCGGCUGCCCCUGCGCUGGCUUGCAGCCUCUGUUGCUGCCUUUGUGCUCAUGUCUCCACUCGGUGUUGGCCUGGGUAUGGCAGUGACACACAGCCCAGAUACAGGCAGUGCCACAGCCCGGACUGUGCUGGAAGGCGUGGCUGCUGGAACCUUCAUGUAUAUCACCUUCCUGGAAAUCUUGCCCCACGAGCUGAACUCCCCUGCCAGCCGCCUGCCCAAAGUCCUUGCUGUCUUGCUGGGUUUCUCAGGCAUGGCUGGCCUGCGCCUCUUAGGCUAAGGCUCCCUGGAAUAGAGGAGCUGAAAGUUGGCAGCCAAAGAAGACCACCACCACCACCCAUACUGCCUUUGGAAGUGGAGACUUGAGCAGGCUGAAAAUAGACUGAGUUUCCCAGGCCAUUCCUUGCAGUCAAGGGC